AUGACAUCGUCGACAGAGGGGAAGGCCGAGGCUCAGGAGAAAGGAUCUUCGCUCCCACCGACAACAUCCUUCACCAAGGGUAUGGUGGAUACGAGCGGAGAGUCAUCAUAUCUCCGGAACAGAGACUGCCAGGGAGAGCUCGUGGUAAUCGGUCAGAUCUCCCAUGGCUUCGACUUCGGACCGUACAAGUCGUCCAUAGGCCUUCGUGUCGAGUUCUCAGUUGUUUUUCCCGGCACAGAAGCCAACGAGGAAGACUCUGGUACAAUUAAAGGUGAGCAGUGGUUGGGCAAAUGCCGGAAGUUAGGUUGGAUGCCGAUCAGUAGUCAAACACUUAGGUCGGAACAAACUCAGACAUGCUAUCGUGAUGUUAUCGAAUGCGAGGUCAUCGUGAGGCGAGCCGCAAAACUUCGGUUAGCAUUGUGA